AUGUUUAGGCAGCAUCUCUUGAACAGGGCGGACAACGACCCGAUCACUGCUCGAACGGUGAUGAUUUCAAGAAUUCCACAUAGUCUAAGAACUGAGGAAAAACUUAAAGAGUUUGUAGAAAAGUUAGGGUUAGGACCGGUUGAGUCGGCAAGAAUGGUGCGACACGUAGGAAAAUUAGAUAGAAAAAUAUCGAGGCGGGAGAAAGUACUACUGGCGUUGGAAAAGGCACACAUACAGCUAGCGAAAAAUGUCUGCAAUGCCAUUACGAGACGGAGGUUUGGGGUAGGAAGUUGGUUAUUUGGUAGAAAAAAUGAAAAUCUAUCCAUAAUACUUGAGUCGGGUGAAACGAGAGAACAUCAAAGAAUUCAAUCAAUAAUAGAGUGGAUGGGUUCGCGUAAAAGGAAGCGAACAGCUAAUAACGAGAAUUCUUCAUCUUCGGGUCAAACAAAAAAUGCAACGAUAUCUGCAACCAGCACCUUUGUUAAUGAGAAUAUCAUGGAACGUGGGGAUGGAUACGGUCAACAGUUUCUUAUAUGGAAUUCUCUUAGUCAGUUAUCAAAAAAUAUACUUGACAAAUAUCAGCCCGUACAUAGAAUAGGAUUUAUGGGAAGUGGAAAAAUUGUUCGUUCAAUUGAUCAUUAUCUUAAAAAAUUCAAUUAUUUGGACCGUCGUAUUGCUGAAUUAAGAUCCAAGCCAACUAAUGCGACACCAUAUAAAGCCACAAAAGAGGCAGUUCUUGUUCGAUAUUAUUACUUUUCUCUCUUCAAUGUUUUUAUCGUGUUCCUAUUGGGUAUCACCUUUUUACAAUCAAUUUUCGAUGUUAUCAAUGCUCCGACAAGCAUUUUCGAGAUCUUGGCAACUAAUCUACCGCAGGGUGCGACCUUUUUUAUCAAUUAUGUGAUUUUCAACACAUGCACUCACGGACUAGAACUUGUUCAAGUUGGAUCACAAAUUUUCCUUCACAUAAUACUUACCUCCAGAUUCGUGGCCACUACUCCACCCAUUAUUCCCGGGGCCUUUCUUGUUCCACUUUUGAUAGGCACCGGUUAUUUCAAAUAUUAUUGUCACAAAACGUUUUACUCCAGAACACACUUCUUGGCUCUAGACACGAGGCUUGAUCGUACAAACGUGGAACGGAAUAGCCGUAUUGGUGAUAAUGAAGUUCAGACAGAGAAACCCAUUGAUGAAUCACCAAAAGCAUCUCACAAAAAUAAUAGUGCCACGCACCAAGUAGUGAAUUUUAAUUCUCAAGAUGCUUUGGUAAACACUGGAAUCAUAGAAUCUGGAAUGGGAAGCAUAUUUGGGAGAAAUUCUACUAAUGAUGGAUUCCACAGAUUAGAAGCAACUAUUGGCGCUGAAAGUGAAACGAGCGCAAAAUGUCCUUUUCAUAAAAACGAAGCUUCAAUAGUUGAUAAUGAGAUCGUGCAACUUAGCACUACGGCAAAUUCAUCCAAAGCCCAGAAUUCGGCCGAGAACCUUGAGCGCGAUCAAAAUUCACUCGAGAAAGAUUCUAAUAACAUCGAUGUCGAACAUGCAAGCGCAACUCUCCGGGAUCAAGAGUCUUUGAUAGCAGAUGGAAAUACUGCUACCUCCCCUCGCACAUCCGAAUCAGUAUCUCAUGAAAAAGAAUCUGGGAUUUCACAAAAAAAAUCCGAUGAUGGUAUUGCCUCAAGUAAUGUGACCAGACCGAAGAUAAAAUUAUUGAUUAUUCCUCAAAACAACACUCCGUUGGUUUCGUCUCCCGACAGUCUUAUCACUCGGAGUGCUCCCCGUUUUUCUUCGCGCGGAAACUUUCGGGAUGCGGUGCGUUCCAGCCUUGAUCAAGAUGAGGUUUCGCAAUAUCAGACAUACACUCAUCCCAAUCUUGUGAAGGCACUGAGUCGCAAACUUUGGCUACCCCUUAAUCCAUACAAAAAAAUAUGUCUUGAUGACACGGUUGAGCUAUCCCGGGCACUAACUUCCAGUGAAGGAGGUUCAAGUCUGGUUGGAUAUUGGGGUGAAGCUUCUCCAUAUUUGGGUGAGGCGAGAGUUAGUGUUUAUGGAGCUCACGAAUUUCCUAAUUCUCCAUUCCAUCAACGUGAUGCCACUGGCGGAACAAUCGGCGAACAUUGUAUCAACAAAAGGGCAACCUCGGGGUCCAUCCCUGAGGUUAUUAACGAAGGGGAUGAAGGCAAUCCACCUUAUGAUUGUGAUGGACCACUGUCUCCUGAAGAGGAAGGUGUGGUAAGCUUGAAUGAAUUUGUGAGUGGAGAGUUGGAAUCUGGUGAAUUGUCAAGCGGUGAAGAAUUCUAG